GUCAGUCAGACACUAGGAAGUGAGCGGAGCAGGAGUGAGACAGAAACAAGAGUCAGGGAAACACUUUGAAGGAUUCAAACCAAACUAGGUGAAGAUGUCUGCUGGGGUUUUCUCCUAUGAGAGUUUAGUCCAUGCUGUGUCUGGAGCUGUGGGAAGCGUGACUGCAAUGACAGUAUUCUUCCCUCUUGAUACUGCCAGACUACGGCUGCAAGUGGAUGAAAACAGAAAGGCCAGAUCAACUCCAGCCAUUUUGGCAGAAAUUGUCAAAGAAGAAGGACUUCUGGCUCCGUACAGAGGCUGGUUCCCUGUCAUCUGCAGCCUGUGCUGCUCCAACUUUGUCUACUUCUACUGCUUCCAUACCCUGAAGGCGAGCUGGCUGAGGGGAAAACAGUCAGCCCCCAGUACUGACUUAAUCAUAGGCAUCACUGCAGGUAUUAUAAAUGUUCUCGUCACCACACCCCUGUGGGUGGUCAACACCAGACUGAAGCUUCAGGGUUCCAAGUUUCGCAAUGCAGACAUCCGGACCACCAACUACUCCGGCAUUUUGGAUGCGUUUGUGCAGAUUGUCCGCCAGGAGGGCGUAGGAGCUUUGUGGAACGGGACCUUCCCAUCCCUGCUGCUGGUGCUGAACCCUGCCAUCCAGUUCAUGAUUUAUGAGGGGCUGAAGAGGCAUCUGAAGAGAGGAGCUCCCAGGGAGCUGUCGUCCAUUGAAGUCUUCAUCAUUGGCGCUGUGGCCAAAGCUGUGGCCACCACUGUUACAUACCCACUGCAGACUAUACAGUCCAUCCUCAGGUUUGGACAAUACCAGUCAACAGACGAGUCAAAAAUCCUGUCCAGUCUCAGGUCUAUCAAGUGUCUCCUGGUCAAUAGAGUCAGGAAGUACGGAACGUUGGGUCUGUUUAAAGGCCUGGAGGCAAAGCUGCUGCAGACGGUGCUGACCGCUGCCCUCAUGUUCCUUCUGUACGAGAAGAUUACCAGCUGUACCUUCAGCGUCAUGGGACUGAGCCACAGCAACUACAAGAGGCGCUAGCAAGACGCUUCACAACCGCUAACACUUGACUGCAUUAAAGCACUGACUAACUGCAUGAAUCACUGCUUAUGAUGGUGAGGUCAAGGAAAUCUGUCACAUGACACUGGAAAACAUAUUAUUUUAUCAUAGUCAUUAUCAGAUAAUCUGUCCACCGUGUAGAUGUGGCUGUUAAAUGUGUGUAUGGUGCAGUGCUGGUUCAUAGAUCCAAUAUUUUAAUGUAUUUUCCUGGGAUCUGGAUCUUUCCUCCUAUAAAUCUGCUCAAGUUUUACUAAAUCUGUCAAAUGUUCAGCUGUUUUCAACUUUAACAGCAAAACAAGAUCAUCUGCAAAGACACUGACUUUAUUUCCCUUGUCUGAGAGUUUGGGACCUACUGAACUGGCCUGUGGUCAUUUAGGGACCAAUUCAUUUCCACUGAUACUGAAGCCAUGUCUCACUCCACAGUUUACUGUAUUGUGCAUUCUUUAGUUGUCUGGGUGCAUGUUGUGCAGACAGGGGUUUUAUUUUUGAGUUUUUUUAUUCAUGUCAGUUCAGAUUGUGAGUGAGUGUGUGAACCUCUUUAUAUACAGUCUGUGGUGUGAACACAGUCUGAGGUAAGAUCAAUGUUAAUCUGGAAAAUAAAGGGUUUGUUUUUGGUAAA